AUGACAGCGCUAGAAAAAAUGAAUAACCGCGAUUUGCUGUACAAAAAAACCAUAGUGUCACCAAUAGAAGUCCUAGGAGUGCUGGACGACGACUUCGAGGCGAAUCCUUUGCUAGUGAUCCACAAAAUAGUCGGCAAGUACAUAAAAAAAAUCUCCGAAGGCUCCAUUAGCAAAAGAAUAGCCGACGGAUUUUACACAGUGCUCUGCUACGAGUACAAUUUAACCACCGGCUCUCCUGAAUCAUUGCUUAAUUUCGACCAAACUCUCUUUAAUAUAAUCAUAAAAUACAUCUACGAAAAUUACGACAAAGAAGGUAAAGAAUUAAUUCCAAUUUUGUAUGAAAUACUAGUUUUGCAUUUAAAACUCUAUUUUAACAUCCCAGUGAUUGCUGAAUUUUACAAAAAUUUUAUAGCUUCAGCUAGAGAUAAAAAAAAUGAAAGCAAUAUUUAUUACAAAGUAACAGAGUGCUUUGUCGAUGCACUAUGCUUGAAGCACUCUCCAGACCAGCAUGAGCUCACAGAAGCCAGCCUUCUUAUCCUAGAAGAGAUUAUCAUCUGGUACAAAGACAUUACUUUAAAAGACUGGGUGCUUUUUGUAGCUAUAAUCACUAAACUGGUUAAAACACUCGAAAAAAGAAUAGCUCUAGACUACCUCUGGGUCAUGAUAUUAAAUUAUCCUACCACAGACUGGGAAAAAUCUCUGUCUCUGCUAAACGUGGUGAUAGAUGAUCUUCUAUCAUUGUCAUCUCCGGAAAAAUUGUUAAUUAAUUUAAACUGCUGCCGCAGCGAAAUGCUCUGGCAAUUAAUUCUCCAAGGUUUGAUGUCUCCUAUUGAGCAAAAUCAUAAACUAGGACUCCAUAGUAUGAAAAGAAUCUUAAACUUUCUUGAUAAGUAUCAAAUCACUUUAAAUCAAACCAAUUUAGUACCUUUCGUAGGAUGUCCUAAUUAUAAAACAGAAAUGGCUGUAAAGCACGCAGUUAAUUAUUUUUUUUUAUUAAUUGAAAGCUUGGAAGAAGACCAGGGAAGCUUAAUCCACCAGACGGUAGUUCAAUUGGAAAUUCUGAUCCAGUUUCAUUACUUUCACUGUAUUUUUUGCUUAAAUUGCCUAGAUUUUAUCUGGCUGGAGUGUAUUUUCAAACGCGUGCUUGCUCACAAGACAAUUGAAGUCGUUAAAGUGGGACUAAUUACCCUGCUAAAAUUAGAUCCAAGAUUUUACUACGACGAUUUGUUAAUUCUUUUAAUUAAUACGUUGAACAACGUCGCUAUUCACGACAGCGAGACUUUCUGCAUAGAAACUCAAAUUAUAAAAGAACUAGCAGAAUUAUUUGUAAAAGCGGAGUACGCGCAAGUAUCUUUGAUUAAAAAAUUUAUCUUUCACAUGUCUCAAGUCUCCUGGGAACCGGUUCCUCUAUUUUACGUAAUGUACUGCCUCUGCAAAGCCGGCUUCAUGAUAAAUUAUCACGUUCAAUUCAACAGAUUUGAAGAACAAGAAUUAAAAUGCCUGCAAAUUAUCAUUGAUAAAAAUCUAAGCAACCAAUUAUCAGUUUCAGUUCAUUUUUUCUGCCAGAAUAUUAUUAAUAUCAUAAAUAUCUUCGCUGGGGUAUCAAAUCAAACUGCGCUGGAUAUUUUAUCCCGAAUUUUUCCAAAAUUAGAAGCUGCAAGUUCUUGCCAUGAAUUUAUUAUAAUUUCUCUGAAGAAUAAAGUCACAUCCGAGCAAGCUGCGCAGUAUAUUUACAGCCAGUGUGAAAAAUUAUCCAAGAUAUUGAUUAAAAAGAACCAAGAUAUUACAGGUCUAGAAGAAUUCGCCAAAAUGACUGUCUAUUUAUUCGCAGCUUCGUUAAUUUUCCGAGCUUCUAACGCUCCAGAAUUAAAAGCUAUGUGCGCAAUAUUUAAUAUAAUAAUCGUGGAUGAAAACCAGCAAAAGUAUGUAGAUAAAAUCCACCAUACUAAAAUUUUACAGCUACUUAAUUAUUUCUUCCUGGGUCUGACCCAAAUUUGCGGGAUUGACAAGCUUAAUUUCACUAUUAAUUCAUUUAUGGCCGUAUUAGAAUCUGUGCUGGUCUCAGUAUUCAGCACUUUUGAACGUCCAAUAGUCUACUCUUAUAAAGAAUUAGAAAUCUACACCGAAACUUUCCAGACAAUUGCUGAAUUAAUAACUUCUAAGGUAGAAGAUUACUGCGGAUAUUUCAUGAAAGUUUUAUCAGGAACUGAGCGAGUAAUUGAAAUUAUGAGCAAUGAUGAGUAUAAAGACCUUAAGUACCUCUUCGCUUUAAGAUUGCAGUACAUUUGCAUUAAAUAUUUGGAAAAAUACAAUGUAAAUACUCUAAAAUUGCUGCUAAAUCCAAAUAUGCUCUCUAAGGGUGUUAAGUUUAGAGAAAAUGGCGAAGCGCACAAAAUGGCGGGAAAGUGCUAUAGCUUGAUAGCGCGCUCUAUCGUUCAAACUAUAAAGCUGGUGCCUAACAACAGUCCGUUUUUGAUCUCGGGACCUGUUAAGAGUAUCCAGCAAUUGUUGGCGCUGGAGAAGGAACAGAUAAUGCCAUCUGCUGUUGAGUUGAUGACUAAAAUGUUGUACCUGACGUGCAUUGACAAUUAUGGCAACGUUAUUGAACCAUUUUUUGAAUUAGUCUGGAAUUAUCUCUGGUCUAUGGAGCAAAACGAGAUUUUUUUUAAAUGCUACGAGCUUUUUGCUGAAUUUUCGGUCCAGGUAGUCGGAUUUAAAGGCGCGGAAAAGCUCCGCAAUGACGGAGUGGGCUAUGUUGCAGCUAUGUGGGACAAAGGAAAGGCUAUUGCAAGGUUGAGGCGCUUGCUGGUGAAGAAAUUGAUAUCAGUUGGUGAAGAGCCGUUUGUCUACUUGCAGAAUAUUGCAUUGAAGAUGCUGAUUUAUGUGUCUGAAGAAGAUCCGGUGAGGGAGAGAUUGGAGGCACAGGUCCAGUUUUUUGCAUUUAAUAAUUCUGAUCUUGAAAGAAGAAAUCUGGCGGCUGUUGAUAUGACCAGUCGAGCCAGGCUGAUUCUGUUAUUUUGCUCGAUGCUGAGGCAGGGAAGGAGUUUUAAGGAGUUGGUGGGAACUCUGAUUUCUGAGUUAGAGGAACGCAAGGGCAAAUGCGACCUGAAUUCUGAUAGGAUCAAGUGCCGGGUGAUGCAAAUGUUGAUGGUUCUGCAGCCUUAUCUUAAUCAGGAUAGAGCUUUUCAAAUUAUUAAGGUCAUUUCUGAGUCCUUUGUGGCGGAGAAGGUCUCGCCGAUUGUCAGGACGUUUCAAGAGUGGCUGCUGAUUAAAAUUUUUUUGAGCUAUGCCAAAACUUUAGAGGAUUUGUGGAAACUUUUUGAUAAGGUGAAGAAUAAUAAAGAGAGUGUUACUUCCGUGGCGUUGAUUAUUCUUCAUGUUGCUACUAAUGCGCUGCCUAAAAAUCAGGUUUUGGUGUUUAUCAGAGCUGCUAUUUUUAAACUUGAAUCGUUUAUUUGUAAUAAGGAGUAUGAUGGGUGUUAUUGCCAGGAUUUAAUGAAGAUCAUUGAAACUAAUUUGAUCUCUAGUGAACAUUCAACCCAAUUAUCUCAAGACUUCCGACUGAACAAAUUUCAUCCUCAUAAAAAUUAUACUAUAAAGACAAUUUUUUACGACUUACCAAGACUGAUGAAUAGUUGCAAAGGCGAGUGGAUAUUACCUUCAAUUCUAGACUAUGAAAAUUCUGCGAUGAUGACCAAAUCGUAUAUUAAAAUAAGCAAUGUAUGUACAUUAGAACCCGCACAGACGACUCAGACAAAGCAAUCAAAGGCUCAAUUGUCAACGGGGAUAAUUGUAAAUAGUUCAGACAACGAUGUUGAAAUAGUUGAAUUAGAAUAA